CAGAAGGGGCGGGUAGAUGAUUAGCAACACAACAGCCUACCUCAUCUCAGAGGACAUAAUCUAGGGGAUUUUCAUUCAACUGCAAGACUUAGUCAGAGGAGUACCAUCAACAGAAGAACAAAUGUCUCUUUUGGAGGAUUUUGUUUUCUUCCUUUUCUCUAGUCCCACCACUUUGCUGGGAGUUGUUGCUCUCUGUCUUAUUAUCUAUCUUGUUUCUAGUAGUUUCACCUUCCAUGAAAUAGAGAAGGAGCCCCCAGGGCCAAGGCCUCUUCCCCUGCUUGGCAACCUGUUGCAGCUUGAUCUCAAAAGACCUUACCAAAGCCUCUGUGAGCUUUCAAAGAAACAUGGUUCUGUGUUUACGGUGUACUUUGGAACCAGUAAAGUGGUUGUUCUGUCAGGAUACAAAGCAGUCAAAGAGGCUCUGGUCAGCAAUGCAGACGAGUUUGGAGACAGAUAUGUCUCCCCUAUUUUUCAUGAUAUGACUAAAGGUCACGGAAUUCUUUUUGCAAAUGGAGAAUCAUGGAAAGAGCUGAGACGUUUUGCCCUCACGACCCUGAGGGACUUUGGGAUGGGCAAAAGAGUUGCUGAACAAAAGAUCUUGGAGGAAUGCCACUAUCUGAUCCAAAUGUUUGCAAAGCAUGAAGGAAAACCAUUUGAUACAACACAACCGGUGAAUUAUGCGACAUCCAAUAUCAUCUCCUCUAUCGUGUAUGGAAGCAGGUUUGAAUACAAUGACCUCCGAUUCAAAAACAUGGUGAGAAGAGCCAACGAGACCAUACGCAUUACCGGCUCUCCACAAAUCCAGAUUUACAACAUGUUUCCCAGGCUGGUUGGUUGGAUAGAAAAACGGAAGCUCAUAUUAAAAAAUGUUGAAAUGAACAUCAGAGAUAUCAAAGAUUUAAUCAGCAAUCUGAAAGAGACACUAAACCCUCAGAUCUGCAGGGGCCUCGUGGACUGUUUUCUGAUUCGGAAGCAGAAGGAAGAGGAUUCUUCAGUUAUGGACACUCACUACAAUGAAAAUAACUUGCUAUUUACAAUAACAAACCUGUUUGCUGCUGGUACUGAUACCACAGCAACAACACUGAGAUGGAGUUUGCUGCUUAUGGCUAAAUAUCCACGUAUACAAGAUCAAGUCCAGGAGGAGCUGGGCAGGGUGGUUGGAAGCCGUCAGGUCCGGGUAGAGGACAAGAUGAGCCUGCCCUACACUGAUGCUGUCAUCCAUGAGACACAGAGACUGGCCAGCAUUAUCCCCAUGGCCAUUCCUCACAAAACCAGUCGAGACGUCACCUUCCAGGGCUACUUUAUCAAAGAGGGGACUACUGUGUUUCCUCUUCUUAAUUCUGUCUUGCAUGAUGCGAACGAGUGGGAGAGCCCACACACCUUCAACCCUUCCCACUUCCUGGAUAAGGAGGGUAAAUUUAUCAGGAGAGACGCCUUCAUGCCCUUUUCUGCAGGUCGCAGGGUGUGUCUUGGGGAAAGUCUGGCUAGGAUGGAGCUCUUCCUCUUCUUCACCGCCCUCCUCCAGCGCUUUCGUUUCACUCCUCCACCUGGAGUUACAGAGGAAGAGCUGGAUCUGACACCAGCUGUGGGCUUCGUCCUCGCCCCUUCACCUCAUGAGCUGUGUGCCGUCAGUCGCAAUGAGGAAGAGAGCUGGAGCAUAGCCGUAUAACUGGCUGGGCCAACGGCAGAGUGAAACAACACAUAGUCAUGACACGGUCAUAAACGUUAGCCAACACAAACGGGCACCAUCGACUAACUGUUGUUUAAUGAACGUUGGCACUCCGAACCCCGCUUUUAAAAUCAAUUGUUAACCAGAUUUAAUGCAGAGAGUACAGAAACUAACCACAGUCUUACUAAACUGUUGUACAUAGUUUCAUUUCGUGAUAAGCAGGGUAAAUAUAAAACUUCACAAUCAAAACGUAAUAAGUACGGUCGUUUGCCUGCAAUUAGACGGCUCCUGA